GUAAUGCGCUCCAUCUCUCUGCGCACCGCUCCUGGCAGGAGCUCGUGCCGCAGCUUCAGAUACGACAACACAGACAGCGUCCCGUGCGGAAGAUAGUCGAAAAUUAAAAGCUCCUCUAUAAAACAGACGAUAAACGAGGCAGGGAAUGAUCGUAGUUGUGUCGGGAGGGAUUAUUUUGCUCCACCGACCGAGCUUCCACUCCCGCGGUGCUUCAGUGUGAACAGAUAGAUAAGCGGAAAACCAUUUCGCAACCUAUUUUGCAUGGGGCGCCUGAAGUCUGGGAUACAUGUUCCCACCCUCCGUUCAGUCCAGCGACCGUGUUAUGUGUAGCCUACACUGCUAGUUGUUAUCUGGAGGCGGUGCAGGUUGUUCCUCACAUACUGAGUAGCGCUUGUUUUAGGCAAUAUCAGUUUUCUCUGCAAGAUGUUUUGAGCGGGGCUGAGUGAGAGUGGCUGCUGUCACCAGGGAGGGGGUUGUCUUCACUGCGCAGACAGAGCGAGGACCGUCUCGACUCGUCUGGUCGACAAAACCUCAGGGAAGGAAGGAGGUAGAAAAGGGUCGGUCGGGGGUUUGUUAUCUGGCAAUAAACGGCGUUAAAAUGACGAUGUCCGUCCCGGAAAGGAAAUCAGGUUCGGAGGGGAAGGAAGAGGAGAGCGAGGAUGAGAGCGAGAUCUUGGAGGAGAGCCCGUGCGGCCGCUGGCAGAAACGGAAAGAGCAGGUAAGCCAAGGUAAUGUCCCCGGUGUGGAGAGUGCCUCCCUGGCCAUGGACACAGAGGAGGGGGUGGAGGUGGUGUGGAACGAGGUGCUCUUCUCCGACAAGAAGGUCUUCAAAGCACAGGAGGAGAAGAUCAAGGAGAUGUUUGAGAACCUGAUGCAGGUCGAACACCCCAACAUUGUCAAGUUCCACAAGUACUGGCUGGACAUGAAGGAGAGCCAGGCGCGGGUUAUAUUCAUCACAGAAUACAUGUCGUCGGGCAGCCUCAAACAGUUUCUGAAGAAAACUAAGAAGAACCACAAGACUAUGAAUGUGAAGGCCUGGAAGAGAUGGUGCACCCAGAUUCUUUCUGCCCUCAGUUACCUGCACUCUUGUGAACCACCAAUAAUCCAUGGCAACCUGGUGUGCGACACCAUCUUCAUUCAGCAUAACGGCCUCAUCAAGAUCGGCUCAGUGUGGCAUCGGCUAUUUGUCAAUGUGUUUCCAGAUGCCAGCGUCCACGGUAAAGCAAGGCAACAUCGAGAUGAGCAGAGGAAUCUUCAUUUUUUUGCUCCAGAAUAUGGAUCCAGCGAAGAUGAUUAUGCCAUAGACAUUUUCUCGUUCGGCAUCUGUGCUCUAGAGAUGGCAGUAUUGGAAAUCCAGGCCAAUGGAGAUACUGCUGUUUCAAAGGAGGCCAUCAUCAAUGCAGGUCAAUCCCUAGAAGACCCUCUUAUGAAAGAGUUCACCCAGUCCUGUUUACGCCAUGAAGCCAAGCUCCGUCCUACGGCUCACGACCUUCUGUUCCACCGAGUCUUGUUUGAAGUCCACUCCCUCAAACUGCUCGCCGCCCACUGCCUCAUCAACAACCAGUACUUGCUCCCCGAAAACUGUGUGGAGGAGAAAACCAAGUCCUUCGACCCCAACGCUGUCAUGGCGGAGAUUAAGCAUGAUGACAGACAGGGAGUUCAGCUCAAAUAUUCCCAUGUGUCUCCUUUGGAGCUUGACAAGUUUCUGGAGGAUGUCAAAAAUGGGAUCUACCCAUUGAUGAACUUUGCAUCAUCUCGACCUCACCCCGUCCCCCGUGCCCUCUCCUUGUCUCAGGAGCAGGUCGAGACGGUCAAGACGCCGACUCCUGAACCCCAGGAGACCGAGACAAGGAAGGUUGUUCAGAUUCACUGUAACUUGGAGUCAAAUGAAGAAGGGACCAAAACUCAUCUAUCUUUGUUUCUGAAGAUGGAUGACAAACUUCAUAGGCAGCUCAGCUGUGACAUCCUUCCAACUGAUACCUCCAGAGACCUUGCCAGUGAGCUUGUUCACUACGCCUUCAUAACUGAGGAGGACAGUGAGAAGGUGGCAGUGUUCCUGGAGGACGCCAUUAGUCGACACCGGGUCCGAGGACUCACCUCUGGGACCACACAGUGGAGGUUGGGUCACAACGGCGGCUGGCCCCCAGACAUAGGGGCCCGGCGUUGACCAUACGGCAUCAAGAAAGGGAUCACACAGCCGGGAACGGAGGGGCUGACCCAGCUGGGCACAUGAAGGGGACAAAUACUGAAGGAUGCCGGGCUUUGACAGUCAGUUAACCAUCCCAGAUGAGAACGAUGGGAACGCCAGCGCUGAGAAAGGAACCAAAGGGCCCCUCUGAUAGGAGGGCCGGAGGCAUCAUGACUGUGUUCAGCAAUCCCACAAAGCAGUGGAAGAUUGACAAACUCCCUGCAUAAAAGGGCUAUCAUGCUCUUAAGAUAUCUUGACAACUUUUCCAUGAUGCCACUAUUCAGAAUGGAUAUGUUUCACUUGCAAAUACAACAGAUAUGUUUCAGACGGAUGUUUUAUUGCUUCGUUUGCACUCCAAUGUCCUCAUUGAUUAGUGCAUAUUUACGUUGAAUUGUAAAAAAGAUAAUUUUACUAAAGCCUCUCCCCAUGCAAACCAGAACCGUCGGUUUAUUUCAGUUUUAGGAAUGUAAUAUUCCGUCCAGCAUGCACUAUUAAUAAUCAUUCAGUUGACUUAUUUAUUUCUGCUUAACUGUGAACAAUAGAAGCUUUGCACAAACCUAUUUUUUUUCUUUUGUUUUCCUAAACUUUUUUUGACAUGCAGCGUUAACAAACCUCAUGGCACUCUGAGCUAAACACACCAUGCCUACAUGUUAUGACGAGCAAUGAAAUGAUGCCUCUCUUUCAGCCUGUUGUGCUCUUAAGGGGUUUUCCCUAUGAAAGUGUUCUGAAAGCCAAAGACUUGCAAAGUGCCUGAUAUGGCAAUGUACUUUUGGACAAAAUGUCCUAAUUGAAACUCAUUGGUACACAACAUAGCAAUUUGGAAUUUAACUAAUUUCAGGCUGACUAAGUUUUAAACCAGACUAAUUGAUUUGUACUAGUUCCGUCUCUUAUCAUGAGUCUAUAUAGUCAGCCUAUGUGAAUGUGAAGAUGAACUUGUAUUGGCAGCUCCCAUUAGAAGCUGCGCCUUUGUAUAUUGGACAUAUGGAUCAGGUCAAUAUUACUUUGGAAAGAGCUGCAGUAAUGUACAACAAUUGGAAUACAUCAGAGGAAGCUUGUGAAACGAAAUCAUAGUCCUAUAUGAAUGGUAGAAAGGGUGAUGGUAAUGUGAUUUAUAGAUAUGUUAAUACAAAAUUGCGUACUUUUAAUAAAUGUACUUAUUUUUGCAAUAUUUCUCAAAUUAUCUGAGUAUAUUGUCUAACAAUGAAACACCUACCCAAAUAAUGGAAAUAAGCCUUUGGAAUUUAUUGUGUUUUAUCCUCUCUGAUUUUUGACAUUUGUAUAAAAUACUUUUAAUCAAUCAAUUAAUCAAAGUCAUUAAGAUGAUGUGGUUUUAGAUUUGUGUUGCUAAUGUAAUCAACUUAAGAGCUAAACUCUGAAAGAUUGCAUGUGCCGCAGGUGAUAAAACCCAAUCUCUGAUAAAAUAGUGGCACUCUGCUCAGAAAAUGUUAAUCUCCCAGUACCAGAUCUACUGUAGGUUUAUUUCAGACAGUGUGAACUUUAGGACUGAUUGCACUGCUGCCCACACAAACACAAAAAUAGAAUACACUCCUUCAACUCUGCCAGAUUUUGGCAAAAUUCUGACAGCAAAAAAAACCCCAUAGUGAAUGGUCUGAUCCUUUUCAGCAAUGUACUCGUAUGUCAGCCUAAUUUGGCUCUGCUCCAUUUCUUUCCUGUGUCUGUUAGUUCUUGGUUUCACAACAGUUAGAGCUGUACAGUCAUUGCUUACAGUACUUACUUACUCAAGCCUUCUUAUCAGCGUGUCUCUGAAGACAGAAGCCCUACAUUCUCCAAGAUAUUCAAUAACUACGGGCUGUGGUGUACAUAUUUGUUUGUGGCUAUUGAAGGGGUUUACUUUUAGACAAAAUGUCACUGCAAAGCAGUGCCACUGUUGCUUUCAUUUUAUCUAGUAAGCUGCAUGUCUUAAUAGCCUGCAACAAUUCAAAACUUUGCAUUUUGCCUUUGUCAGUCACAGUUUAGUUCCAGAGGGGACCUGACCAAGAAAAUGAAUGUUAAGACUGUGAAAACAUCCAUAUCAGUCUUAUUUAAUGUUUUUUUCCCCUGUGAAUCUGUUGAAUGAAACUUGCUUUUGGAUGUGUUCUACUUAAACCUUUGUUAAAUAUUGUAGGUACUGCAAUUAAUUACAAUAAACAAUAUGUGACAGUGACA